AUGAUCCCUGAAACCUUUUCUUAUGGAACCCAACAUGCCCUCCAGACCGUGACCAUAAGUACCUUAUCGGGGUUCCCCGACAAAGGUUACUGGAUAAUCUUUAUCCACGGCGGAGCCUGGCGCGAUCCCACGCAAACAGCGCUCAACUACUUCGCCCCAGCGGCCUCGAUCCUCACAGCCUCAGAACCCUACGCCUCGACCACCCACGCCCACGUCGCCGGCUUCGCUUCCAUCAACUACCGCCUCAGCCCGCACCCGGACCACCCGCAGGACCGCAACAUCACCGACCCAAAGGAAUACCGCGCCGCCGUGCACCCGGACCACAUCGCCGACGUGCAGGCCGCGCUGGCGUUCCUGCAGCGCAAGUACGCAUUCGGGGAUCGCUACAUCCUCGUCGGACACAGCUGCGGCGCAACGCUGGCGUUCCAGACGGUGAUGGGUCGGUUUCGCAAUCAGGGUCCCAGUGGCGGUGGCAGCGGCAGCGGGGCGGUUGCGACGGGUCCCCAGGCGAUUCUGGGGAUGGCGGGCAUCUAUGACCUACGGCUCUUGCGGGAUGAUCAUGCGAGUAUCUCGGCAUAUCAGCAGAUCAUCGAGGGGGCGUUUGGCGCCGAAGAGGAGCCGUGGGAUGCGGUGUCUCCUGCGGUGGUUCGGGAUGAGAAGGACGGGAUAGUGGGUGGGUGGACGGCCGGGCGGUUGGCGGUGUUGGCGCACUCGGUGGAUGAUGAGCUGGUUAAUGUGCGUCAGCAGGAGGUGAUGAGGGAGGCCUUGGAGCCCUGGUCUUCCUCUUCUUCUUUUCAGAGCGGAAAGAAACUGGUGGAGAUGCUGGCAGUUGAAGGCGCGCACGACGAUCCUUGGGACAAGGGAAUCGAGCUGGCGCGGGCCGUUGCCUUCACGCUGGAGAAGCUCCUGGAGCUGCAGGGGUGA